AUGCAGCUCAAAAUAACGAAAGCAACACGACCAAACUGUCAUCCCAGUAGUAUCCUGCUCAAAUACACCACUUCCACCCCAAAGAAGGGACACGAUGGAAGAAGGCCGUUGUAUCCAACCUUGACUUACUCUAUUCCCAUGGUCACAACACGAUUUAUUGGCAUUAUGGUGGGUUGCUGCACGAAACCACCCACGAUGCUAGCCAACGAUACAGAACACAGCACUAGUUACUUCCCCCAACGCUAUUUUGUCAUUACUAAAAUCAGGAUUUGGGUAUUUAUGUCGGUCUUACUAUUAUCAUUAAUACGUUAUCACAUCAGAAACGGGUAA